CACAUGCAGUCACAUUCGAAUCUGCCGCCCGCCGCCGCCGCCGCCGCGAUGACUACAACGUUGACAAAGACAGUCGGCUGGAUUGAAACGCAUGGCUUCGUUGUGGGGCUCAGCGUGAUCGCUGCGACGGGCAUUGGUCUUGGCUUUGCCACCGAUUCGACCGACAACAUUCCGCAGCCGUACAACCGCAUUUCGUCCGUGAUCGGAUGGGUCUACUUUGCGUGCUGGAGCGUCAGCUUCUGGCCGCAAGUGUUUCUCAAUUGGCGCCGCCAGAGCGUUGUCGGUCUCUCGCUGGACUUUCUUGUGUACAACAUCCUCGGGUUUGUGUGCUAUGCCGUGUUCAACGCGGCGUUCUACUGGAGCGAUGCUAUCCAGGACGAGUACAAGAAGCACCACGACGGCCACCCGAACGCCGUCCAAGUCAACGACGUGUUUUUUGCCUUGCACGCAGUGUUUGUGACGCUCCUCACAUACUACCAAACCACGAUCUACACACGCGGCACCCAAACCACGUCGUCACUGUGCAAGAGCGUUGUUGGCAUGUCCGUGAUCGUGAGCGGCGUGUUCUUCCUCCUCGGAUUCAUCGUGUCGAAUGAAUGGUUCUCCACGCUCAACUUCCUGUACCUCCUCAGCUACGUCAAGCUCGGCGUAUCGCUGGUCAAGUACAUUCCCCAAGUAAUUCUCAAUUACCAGCGCAAGUCGACGGUUGGAUGGACGAUCUGGAACGUCUUGCUCGACUUUACGGGCGGCACGUUGUCCAUGGCGCAGAUCAUGUUGACGAGCUCCGUCACGAACGACUGGUCUGCCAUCACGGGCGACCCCGUCAAGUUUGGCUUGGGAUUCACCAGUGUCUUCUUUGACGUGAUCUUCAUUACCCAGCAUUACGUCCUGUAUCCUGGCGCGGAUGACGGUGACACGAACGAGGAAACGCCCCUCUUGAAGGUAUAACCAGGAUGAGCCCAUGUAGUCGUGUCGAGUGGCGUGAAAGCACAUGCUAGUUCUGUUUAAUAUGAGGAGUCUCUGUUUGUCACCAA